AGAUGUAAAUAUCCAUUUUAUUCAAAUCCAGGAAAUACAACUAUAUUUAUUUUUUAUGAAUUAAAAAAAAAUCAAAGCACAAUGACUAAUGCCACACUAACAAAAGAAUAUGCAUUUGAGAUGACUUCUCCUAUAUUACGAUAUGGUAUUGGUGUUACAAGAGAAUUGGGUAUGGAUAUGCAAAAUUUUGGUUCCAAAAAUGUUUGUUUAAUGACAGAUUCUAAUUUAGUAAAUUUACCACCUGUUAAAACUGCUAUAAACAGUCUUAUUAAAUAUAAAAAUCAAACCACAGUUUAUGAUAAUGUACAUGUAGAACCCACAGAUCAGAGUUUAAAAGACUGUAUUGAAUUUGUUAAAUUCAAAAAUUUUGAUGGUUUUGUAGCGAUAGGAGGUGGUUCAGUAAUAGAUACUUGUAAGGUAGCAAAUCUUUAUAGUUCUGAUCCACAAGCAGAUUUUUUAGAUUAUGUAAAUGCACCUAUUGGUAAAGAAAAACCAAUUACAAUACAAUUAAAACCAUUAGUAGCUGUACCAACCACUUUUGGUACUGGUUCAGAAACAAGUGGUAUUUGUAUCUUUAGUUAUGAACCACUUAAAACCAAAAUUGGAAUUAUUAAUAGAGCUUUAAGACCCACUUUGGGUCUUAUUGAUCCAAAUCAUACAUUGAGUUUGCCAGAAAGAGUCUGUGCUUAUUCUGGUUUUGAUGUAUUAUGCAAUGCUCUUGAAUCUUUUACUGCAUUACCAUAUACAGAAAGAACUUGUCCUUCCAAUCCAAAUCUUAGACCAGCCUACCAAGGGAGCAAUCCUAUUAGUGAUGUAUGGUCAAAAUUUACUCUUCAAAUAAUGCACAAAUAUUUUAAGAGAGCAGUAUAUAAUCAAGAUGAUAUUGAAGCUAGGAGUAACAUGCAUCUUGCAAGUACCAUGGCAGGUGUUGGAUUUGGUAAUGCAGGAGUUCAUCUUUGUCAUGCACUUUCUUAUCCUAUUAGUGGAUAUGCAAAAAGUUUUCAACCAACAGAUUAUGGUAAAGGUCGUACUAUAGUGCCACAUGGAUUGUCAGUUGUUAUAACUGCACCUGCUGUAUUUUCUUUUACUGGAAGUGCAUGUCCAGAAAAACAUUUAGAAGCUGCUGAAUUACUUGGUACUGAUAUUAGUCAAGCUAAAAAAAGUGAUGCUGGCAAAAUAUUAGGAGACACUAUAAGAAAAUAUAUGCAAAUAAUGAAAAUUGAAAAUGGUUUAACUGAAUUAGGUUUCACAAAAAAAGAUAUUCCUUUUUUAGUGGAAGGUGCAUUGCAACAACAACGUCUUACGAAAUUAGCACCACGAGAACAUUCAAGAGAGGAUCUAGCUCAAAUAUUUGAAAACUCUUUUAGAAUAUAUUAAGAGAAAAAUAAUUUCUAAACCCAUAUUUUUUUUAUGAAUAUUAUAUAAACU